AUGGCAGUUUUCAGCUGGCCACUUCGCCAAAAGUUCCUCCAGACAUUUCGCAGCUUAUGCAUAGGGCAGGCAGCUCUGGUGGUGGCUUCCAAUGUGGUGGUGUUGAAAGCCGCGGGCACGGCGCUUGCAUUGGCGUGCCCGCUCUUACUCUUCUGUUGGCGCAAGGCUCGCUACUAUGCCUCUGCACCACCUUUGUGGAACGUCACUGCUGCCAACUUCGAAGCAGAUCAAGGGGUGGAUUCGGUGAUAGUCGCCUGUUGGUGCGCGAUGGCGCUUCUUUUUCGCACGGUGGUUGCAAGUAUGCCCAAGACUCCAUUUUUGCAUGCCCCUUCUGUAAAAGCGCGACUUCAGCGACUUGGAAGAGUUGUGGCUUGGGUUUGUUGGUUUGGCAUUGUCUUCAUUUUUUCAUUGCCAUCCAUUCUCUUUGCUUUCUCCCAAUCUUUGCCCGCACACAACUCACUUCCGGUGAGUGAUCUUGUCUUGCAAUGGUUCAACAGUCUUGCCCCUUACCUGAAUGUGCUCAUUGACAUGGUGCUCUCAGCUCCAGUCUCGGCCAAGUAUGCAGCAAUCACAGGAAUCAAAGCAGAUCGUCUACUUAUGACUUUUCGUCUCUUUUCAGCUUGGCUCUUAGCGCUGCUUACCACAGUUGUAUUGGAUGAGAACUGCUUAUCAGGCUGGAAAUGGACUUGGACUGUGUGCCAAGUAGGGUCAUCGAACCACCAGAACUUCAACUGGGAAGUCUUUGGCGAGGAGAUUUUGAACACUGACAAAGACAUUUGUGGGUCGAGUGAUAGCUGGUGGUCAGAUGGCAGGUGUAGCCGGGCCAUCGUAGGAAACUUGACGCCCUUCCUUCUCAAAAAACUCAUGGUUCGAGCGACGGUCCAACCCUUGAUGCUAUUGAUCCUGUGGCACUGCUCAAAGCUGGAGAUGGCAAGAGACGACUUCCAGGGAAGACAUUUGAAGCUUUUCGGUCGGUGGCCAAAGAUGACCGGCUCGCUGGUACCUUUGCAGCAACUGUCGUUGCUGACCACGCUAGUGGAAAUGUUGAUUUUUUGGACUCCAUUUGUUCCCCUACUGGGCUUCGCGAUCCUUGCAGCAGCUCUGGCAAAUCUCUUCAUGUUCGAUGCUGGCCUGUGGAACUUCCAAGUCACUCUGCCGACGGAUGAAAUGAACAGAGGAGCUGCCAUAUCGACGUCGUAUCUGCAAUUUGCUCUUUGGUCCGGCUCCUUCUUUCAGAUAUGGUAUGCUUUUGGCACCAAGUUGUUCGGUCGACAUGCACUGCUGGCAGUUCACGUCACCAUCAUGGGGCCAUGGGCAAAGCACUUUCUGCCCGUUGACCUGGCCAAACGUCACUUCUGGAGGGAGCAUCAAACUGCCAGUGAUGUUCAGGUAAUCGAGAUGGUCGUUCAGUUUGACCAGAACUCUAAUGCAUCAUGA